UGUGUGUUCAUUGAUGAGCUAGCGAAAGCAUACUGGACGUCGGAAUAACGGGUAUUGUGCUCCCUUGCGGGACCAGGGGACAGUGAGAUUUGGUUCAAAGGAAAACUAGCAUUUACUUUAUAUAUAUUUGGAUUUAAACGUGGAAAAUGUCGGGGCAACCGCAUCAGAGGGUUCGCCGAAAUGCGUCCCCCAUUCAGACUCAAAGACCUAUCAAGGCAGUGAUUCCGUUCUCGUUGAAAAGCAGUCCAACGAGAAAAAGCCCUGUCUCAUCACCGACUGCAGGUUUAAUACUAACGCGAAGAUCUCCAGAUAAUAGGUCUUCACCAGAAAGAAAAUCGCCGAAUUCGCCGAGUUUUAAAGUUGAGAGACCAAAGCCAGUAAAAGCCAGUCCCUCUCUACGCCGGACAGGCUCAUUAGAGGCGAUAUGUGGGCCAGCCUACCUAAAGGGUCAGUGGCCUUCAGGAGACCUCCUCUCCUCAACAAGCCACUUCAUGGUGGAUAAAUACACACAGACGGAGAUCCCCGAGGAACUAGAAGUACAACACAGAGGACAGAAAAGUAACAAAAAGAAGAGAAAGGGUCAUCGGCGAUCAGCAUCAUUUGGGCACGGAGACCAGCUAGCGCUGAUUCGGCAGCGGUUACAGCGGUCCAAGGAGGGGAGUAAGCAACAGAACGAGUUAUAUAAACAGCCUGUUCCAGGAAAUCACUUGGCAUUGUCUUCUACAGCUCCAGCUGUGCUACAGAGCUUCUCUCGCACCUCCAAGCCUCUGGGGAUCCCAGCUCAUGUUAUCCCUAAAACAAACAUCUCACGAAUGCAGCGAAACAGUGUGGAGGGCCUCAGCAUGGAGAUUGAAAAAUUGGUGCUGAAGACAGCGUACAUAGAGAUGACGACUGACGAUGAUCAGGUACAUGAUAUUCCUGACGGACACCGUGCACCAGUUAACGACAUUCUGAUGUUACGGGGAAGUGGCACUCGUAGUGUAGACACACAGACACCGUCAGGCUGUAUAGAUGAUACGGGUAGUACUGGUAGUCGUUCCCAGUCCAUCAGUCCUGCUAUGCCUAUCAUUCCCGGACACCUGGACACUUCCCGUCCCUCCAGUAUCACAGAGUCAUCGCCGCGCGAGGGAGACCGGCUGGAAAAAGUGGAAGGUGAAGGUUGUGAAUCUCCAGACAAUCUGCUUAAAGUGGUGUCCAGUCCACGCCCCAACAAGUCCUACGCCUUUGUCAGGGAGCCUCCUGAUGGCUGCGAGAAGGUCAAGGUCAUAGAUGAAAAUGGGAGACCCCCACAACCGUCUAUAAAGGCACCACUUCUCUAUUGCCCCAUCAAGCCUUCACAACUAGUGCUGAAACCCAGGGAGGACUCCGCGUUCUGUCCACUUAGCAAAUGUUACAUUACUACUCCAGAAAUCACAGUGAAAUCUCAGGCCACUGGAACCACAUAGAUGACCACUACUGGGCAGUGGUUUGUUGACCACGCCCCCACCUCAAUGUUAAAUACUUGUAAAAUGUACACAAACGACGAGUACUAGGGUUGGUAGGAGUUAUCCCCCUUGACUAUAGGUGCCUUCCAUUAUUCAGGUGAUAUGGUUGGUAGUUUGUUUUUGAUUAAAAGUUUUCCUAAACUUCAGUUUUACUUUUUAACAUCUAAUAUAUAUAUUCCAAUAUCUCCGGAAAUAUGGCAGUAAAUCCAGACCAAACAUUCCCAUAUAAUAAUGGAAAGCACCUCAGCUUGCCAGUUUCACUUAACUGUCUUUAUAUUGAUUUAGCCAUUGUAUGUGUAGUUCUGGUAAAUACAAGCCACAAUAUAUGCCACUCAGAGAGGAAUUCUCUUUAGCUCGUUCAGUGGUAUAUAAGGGUUUGAUCCCUAGUGGAGGCACAGAUUAAAUUUAAUUAAUCAUGCAUUUAGAUUUGAUAAUAAUUUCAAUAUGAAAACAAAAACCAAUAUAAAUAUUUUUUUGGCCUCAUGGCACAUGGAGUCUUUACCAGGUAAAGUUUGGCUAUAAAGGUUGAUUUGUAUCAGAUUUCUUGUCAUCCUGUUUUUGUUAUAGACAGGGUAUAUAUAUAUAUGACUGUAUAAAUUUGUUUUGUUUUUUGGAAAUAAUUAUUAAGAUAGAUUGCAAUCAAUUCUAUUUGUUGUAGUAGUUGACUAUAGGGCAUUAAUUACCGAGUUAAAACGUGGAAUGUUUACAAUUGUUACGUUAUCAAUGUUGUAAUUCUUGGUGCAUUGUUUUGUAUGGUGUAAACAUUUAUCAAUCCUGUGUAUUAAUGCUUACAGAUUGUCCACAUCUAUGUGUUUGGACUCUUUACAUGAAAAAAAGAAACAUUAUUCCACUUUUACCAUAGAUAACUUGGCAAGCAAGUCAUAGGGGGAAACUGAAGUAUGUUGUCCAAUCUGGGGGAGUUUUCCUGUACACAGGAGCUUUGUUCAGAGGGAGGGUUGUAAAACCAGAAAAGUACAAAAGAUCCUCAAGAUAGACGAGGGUUAUGUCCUCAGUCAGAGAACUUUGGAAAUCCUAUCAUAUCAUAAAUAUUGUCAUCCAACGAGUUUAAUAUGCUUUCUCGCAUCCGGUACCAGUAAACAGGAAUUGUGUCCAUUGGAUAAACUGGAGAGCUGUCAGUUGACUUCUGGAUGUCACAGAGCUGUGUUUUUGAAGGACCUUUUAAAUUGUCCUUUAUUGACUUUGAGAGAUGCAUGCCUUGACAACUACAAGUUACUCGGCUGACUCUGUUUUGGUGCAAGGCUUGUAGAGCCAUAUUCCUUGCGUUUCUUGAUGUUGGCUAUGUUGUGGUGACACAAGGACCUGUUGUACUGGCGGAGUAUGUGUAGGAAGCAUAUGUCAGUUGUGCGGUACUGAAUAGUAUUUAACCACACUAAAUGGCUUUAGUGGUCCUAUGUGGCCAGUGUGUACUUGUUGUUUUCUUAUCCUCAAGGUCAUCAUAUAACCCAAAGUCAAAUUUAAAUAUCUCAAAUAUAGUUCAGGAUGCAGUUUCCUCUGACCAAACUGUUAAGAUUUUUUCUAUUUAAAAUGAAUUAAAGUAGUUAGAUUAGAAUUUUUCCCACCGUAUUUCUGGUUUUGUUUUGUUGAAGGACAUACUAUAACCUUUAUUUGAAAUCCUAUGAAUUCAAGCGUGAAGCAACACUACAUGAAUAUCUGGCUAUGAAAUUAUUUUUAGCUAUAUUCUUUUGUUGUUUUCUCAACCAUUUUUCUCAGGCAUUUUCAUGUUGAUCUCGACACUGUCUACUAAGACAAUAUUCCAUGUUUGAAUUCCAUGACGAUUCCAUACAAUCUUGCACCUUCUUCCAAACAAUACUGUAUCCUUUUUGAUCUAGGAACCUUGUCUGUUUCGCCAACACAUCCUGUGAGAUUUUCACUUGUGUGAUAUGACCUUGGGGAAGAACAAAACAUCAAGAAACAUACAUUUCUCUGUGCCGUCCAUAUUUUGAGAAUUUGAUGAUCUUUGGUUUAACUUUUACGAUUAUUAUAUGUCAUUAUGGUCUGUUAUUGUAAAUGUAGCCUGUUGGGUACACUAUUACUUACCUGUGUGUCAAUUUGUAAGGUACAGCUGUGGAGUACAGUAUAAGUUAUACUUGUGUGGAGUACAGUGCUGUACUUUGUGUGUGGAGUACAGUUUAAGUUAUACUUGAUGUGUGGAGUACAGUGUAAGUUAUACUUGAUGUGUGGAGUACAGUAUAAGUUAUACUUGGUGUGUGGAGUACAGUAUAAGUUAUACUUGGUGUGUGGAGUAUAGUUUAAGCUGUACUUUGUGUGUGGAGUACAGUAUAAGUUAUACUUGAUGUGUGGAGUACAGUGCUGUACUUUGUGUGUGGAGUACAGUGUAAGUUAUACUUGGUGUGUGGAGUAUAGUUUAAGCUGUACUUUGUGUGUGGAGCACAGUAUAAGUUAUACUUGGUGUGUGGAGUAUAGUAUAAGUUAUACUUGGUGUGUGGAGUAUAUUUUAAGCUGUACUUGGUGUGUGGAGUACAGUAUAAGUUAUACUUGGUGUGUGGAGUAUAGUUUAAGCUGUACUUGGUGUGUGGAGUACAGUAUAAGUUAUACUUGGUGUGUGGAGUACAGUAUAAGUUAUACUUGAUGUGUGGAGUACAGUGUAAGUUAUACUUGGUGUGUGGAGUACAGUAUAAGUUAUACUUGGUGUGUGGAGUACAGUAUAAGUUAUACUUGGUGUGUGGAGUACAGUGUAAGUUAUACUUGGUGUGUGGAGUAUAGUUUAAGCUGUACUUUGUGUGUGGAGCACAGUAUAAGUUAUACUUGGUGUGUGGAGUAUAGUAUAAGUUAUACUUGGUGUGUGGAGUAUAUUUUAAGCUGUACUUGGUGUGUGGAGUACAGUAUAAGUUAUACUUGGUGUGUGGAGUAUAGUUUAAGCUGUACUUGGUGUGUGGAGUACAGUAUAAGUUAUACUUGGUGUGAGGAAUAUAAUUUAAGCUGUACUGGUGUGUGAGAAAAGUAUAAGCUAUACUUGUGUGGAGUACAGUUUAAGCUGUACUUGGUGUGUGGAGUACAGUAUAAGUUAUACUUGGUGUGAGGAAUAUAAUUUAAGCUGUACUGGUGUGUGAGAAAAGUAUAAGCUAUACUUGUGUGGAGUACAGUUUAAGCUGUACUGGUGUGUGGAGUACAGUGUAAGCUCUACUGAUGUAGUAUUCAAAGCUAUACUGAUGAAUGUAAUGCCCUUUUGAAAAUAUUGGGCUCAGUCAAUAUAAAUAGCUAUUAUAUAUUUAUAAUGUGUACUUUGAUAUGUACAAAAUAUAAUAGAAAUGUAAAUGUUGCAAUUUAGCAUUGUGCAUUUUCUUCCGAUGAAUUUAAGCAUGAUAGAAUCUAGUGAUAAUUUAAUGUAUAACAUAUUUAGCACACGAUUUUCAAUUGCUUUUUACUUCUCAGUGACAUUAUCAAAAUUUGGUCAAUGCAUCAACCAUUGCGCUUGGAACAUAUCACCUUGGCUUUUCCUCUACCUGCCUAUCUCCUAUUAUAAUGGACUCUACCAUUUAGGUUCAUUAUGGUUUUUCAGGUGAGGUAGGGUAGAUAAACCAUUAAGAUUGGUGCCGUAAUUAACCUUAUUUUCUAAAUAUCAUCACUUGAUCCUGGUGUAAACACUUUUCUUUGUAACACUGAGUAACACUUUAGAAUUUUUGAUGCCAAAAAUAAUUUUAUGGUAUUGAUGUUCAAACUACAUUCAGGUAUGGUAGAAAUCAAAUCAUGCUCAUAGUAAAAUGUCAUAGUCAAAACAUUGUUACAUAUAGAGCUGAAUUAGAUAUAAGUUCUUACUAUUGAUAAAAAGGGUCAAUGCAUUACAUACUUUAAAUUUUGCAUACAAUGUAUUGUAACAAUUAAGAAAGGAAAUUGGAUUCUGUAAGAUAUGUGAUUGGACAGUACAAUUCUCUCGGAAGAUAUUGAUUGCGAGUUAUUACAUAAAUUUGUAGAAUUGGUUACUUGUAUGUGUUAGUCAAGGGCUGGCAUUCUAUAACAGUGUCUUGUUUGUGCCGAAUGUAGGCCCGGCAAACACAUACAGGUAAUAUAUAUUGUGGUGUUUGAAAUAUUGAUUGUUCAAAUAUGUAUAAAAUUCUCAACAGGCAUUGCAUUUAGGAUUUACAAAUAGACAAUAUUUAAAUGUCUAUAUUGUAUGUUGGUGAUUUUACAUGUACACAGUACCCGAGUGUGUUACAGUGUACGACAUUGUGUCAGCAAGGUUGGAGGGUUAAUUACUGAAACAUACCAGGUAUGUCAAUUGAAUUAAUUUUAAUUAACUAUUAUCAGAUGGCUUUUCAUCAUUUGAGGGCACGUCUUGCAUGUGGUUUGUUAAUCACACAAAAUCAUGACAUCAAUGAAAUCUCGACUCUACAUGUUUGUUUACUUUAAAGCUUUGUUUUUGUUACGUAUUUUCCUGUUGAUUGUUACUGUUACUUGGCUAAGUUUUGUGAGAUCCAGAUUUUCUACUAUUUUGCUGUACUGUAUAAAGAUUAACUUUGGGCAAGAUGUAUAUUAGAGUCUCACUUUGAUAUUGGAAGGAAUGUUUUCUUGUCCUUCUAGUAAAGAUUUUCAUGUACAUAAGGUGAAAUACGAAAGACUGGUUUUGAUGAGGCUAGCUUUUAUUAAGGAUAGUUCUAUUCCAGUAUUUUCCAAAAUAAUUGUUAUUUGUUUGUGAAUUGGACCAGACAGCAACAAUGCUUUGAUUACGAUGCUUUCUCUGAUGUGUACACCAAUAAAGUACACAGCUUUAGUGGUGGUCUGAUGCCCCAUAUUACUGAUGUACCGGUUUAAAAUUGCACGCUGAUUAAAAUACAAAUCAACAUGAUACAAUAUGUUAUGAAGAUCUUACGGUGGAUGGUAAGGGGUCAUGUUCAGAUAGCCUGCCAAUCAAAAGAUCAAAAUUCCACCUGCAAAGACUUGCUUGAGUCUGUUUCUCCUUGGAACUCACCAUGGUUAGUAGAAAUUGAUAAUAUCCGAGUGUCAUGAUUGUCAACCAAAUUAAUUGCCUUUGCCAUUGUCAGCCACUUCCCACCGAAAAUGACCUAUUAUUGAGAAAAGUAUACCCGGGGGUAUGUAUACAAAUUUUCAUUUGUUACAACAGAAUUUACCAUGGAAUGAGAUAAAGAAGUAGAAAACAAUAGAAAAAAUAAUAAAAACCCAGACAAAUCCGAGACAUAAAUAAUUACGUUUUCAUAGCUGUUUUGACUUGGGUUCCUUUCGCACGCAUUGCUGAACAUGCAUACAAGAAACUCAUUUUGAUUGUCCAAAAAAAAAUCCUGAUGAUAAGGAAUUAAGUUGUCUUGAACAUGACCCCUUACUAGCUACAGGCAGAUCUUCAUAGUGUAGUUUAUGAUGAUGAUCUGUAUUUUAAAUCAGCUUAAUAUUUACGUUGUUGGGGAAUAGCAUAUUCUAAUGUUACAGUGUUGAAGUUGUUAAAUCAACUUUUCCCCACGUCAGAUAUUUUGUGAUGAGUAUCUUGUCAUUUCACUGAGAAUGAAGACAUGUUCCUUGACAGUACUUCACUUACUGUUAGUAGUAGUAAUGCUGUUUUACCUUGGAUUCACAUUUCUCUGCUGUUUUACCUUGGAUUCACAUUUCUCUGUUGAGGCGUGUUACCUGGGGAACUUGGUUCUCUGACAAGUUUUUUUUUUAGAAUCUCCUGUUCAGCUAGAUCUUACUCAAAAGAUCUGAUUAUAGAGGGGAAUUUAAUUCACUUGCUCAGUCUUUUUUUAUGUGCUAUGGCAGCUGGGGCUGAAGUGAAGUGCCAAGAUAAAUCUAAGUGGAAAUCUCAUGUAGAUGUCUGAUAUGGCAUUUCCUGGCCAUUUGAUACAUUCCUUUGAACAGAGGGUUAGAGAUACUGACAGAGGUGUUAUCCUCACAGUAUACAAGCUUCUCUAACCUCCUCUGAGAAAAACAUUAUGUCUGAAGAUUGUCUCCCUCUUGGAAAACUACCAUAUUUUCCCUCUUAGAAGACUACCAUAUUUUCCCUCUUAGAAGACUACCAUAUUUUCCCUCUUGGAAGACUACAAUGUUUUCCCUCUUGAAAGACCACCAUAUUUUCCCUCUUUGAAGACUACCAUAUUUUCCCUCUUGGAAGACUACCAUAUUUUCCCUCUUGGAAGACUACCAUAUUUUCCCUCUUGGAAGACCACCAUAUUUUCCCUCUUGGAAGACUACCAUAUUUUCCGUCUUUGAAGACUACCAUAUUUUCCGUCUUUGAAGACUACCAUAUUUUCCCUCUUGUAAGACUACCAUAUUUUCCAUCUUGGAAGACCACCAUGUUUUUUUCCUCUUGGAAGACUACCAUAUUUUCCCUCUUGGAAGACCACCAUAUUUUCCCUCUUGGAAGACUACCAUAUUUUCCCUCUUGCAAGACCACCAUAUUUAUAUUUUCCCUCUUGGAAGACCACCAUAUUUUCCCUCUUGGAAGACCACCAUAUUUUCCCUCUUACAAGACUACCAUAUUUUCCCUCUUGGAAGACCACCAUAUUUUCCCUCUUGCAAGACCACCAUAUUUUCUCUCUUGCAAGACCACCAUAUUUUCCCUCUUACAAGACUACCAUAUUUUCCCUCUUGGAAGACUACCAUAUUAUCCCUCUUGGAAGACUACCAUAUUUUCCCUCUUGGAAGACUACCAUAUUUUCCCUCUUGGAAGACCACCAUAUUUUCCCUCUUGGAAGACCACCAUAUUUCAGUUGGUUUCCUGAUCUAGUCUGUAGAUGGUGAAUUCUUGAUUCAAGCCAAAUAUUAGUUGCAUAAUUGAUUUCCCCUGUGUUAAGUGUUUGGAAUUAUCUUAUUUCAUUAACAGUAACUUGUUUGAAUCCCAGAGACGCCUAACAUCAGGGUUCUCUAUCCUUAUUAUAUUGUAUUGGUAUGAUUCUUGGAAUUGUUUUAAAGUUUAGAGCAUUGUAUAGGUGAACUUCUGGGGACAAUUUGUUCAGUCAAGCAGUUGUUCAGACAAAUGUGAUUUCAUAACAGGUACCCUUGAGAGGGGGAUAGAGUUGUAAUGUCCGAUGCUCAGACUUGAGGCACUAUUGGAAUUUUGACAUUCUAAACUACAUACAGUUCUAUUUGUGCAUGUUCUUUGUCAUUGAUGACGUCAUGAACAAAAAUAAUUGAAUCUGUGAGCAUUACUUAAAAGGCAGUUGGUGUAGUUUGCCUGUUUAAGUUCUUGUGAUAUGUCGUUGGAGAAUUAAUCUCUUGUACAUCCGUACUUAUCAAGCUCAAGUGCUGGUGAACACACAACUAUAUAUGUGUAUUAUCAUUAUUGCGUCCAUACAAAUGAACACAAAUUCUGUCCAAGGAAGAUAUUGUCUCGCAUCAUUAAUACAGUAUUGUUAUUUCUAAUUGAUGAAAUUUAUUUCUAAUCUUGGCUAUCUACAAUGUAGAAUGUUGGUCGAGUUGCCUCCAUCUUGUCAUUGUUUGUCCGCAAGAUGUCCAGUAUUACUCUAUUUAUCGUUUCUGGAAUUUUAGACUUCCUGUAUGUUCUGUGAGGUAGCCAUCAUCUACUACAAGGAGACUCUGCCCCAAAAUGACCCUAGCUGUAGCUGUUCCCAGCAAACAAACCAUGCUUAGGUCUAAGACUGUUUUACUUCAUAGUUAUGAAAUUUCAUUGAAUUAUCAAAUUUAUAUCUACAUAUUUAAUAAAUACUAAACAUUUUUCAGUCUCAGUUUCCUUUACAUUCUAUAUUUAGGGAACUGCAAUCAACCCUGGGAAAAAUUUAACAUUUAAAGUGAAAAAAAAGGUCCAGAAUCUUCUGACAAUGAAGUAAUGAUAUAGCUUUAAAACAAAACUGGAACAUGUGGAACAUUGUGUUGGGAUGGCAUUUGCUUAACAACUCAACAUUGUAGAUAGCUCUAAGCUAGUAAAUUGACUUUGUUUAGACUUAUGUGAGCCAUAUUUAUGUAUUUGCUUACUAACUAUAUAUAUUUAACCACAUUUAAUGGCUUUAGAAGCCCAGUGGGUUUUUUUAUGUGUUACUAGUUUUUGAACAUGGUUAGCAGACAGGGCAUACUGAUGUAAAAUGGCUCAAAUAUUAGCUAUAUUUAACAUUACUCUAGUUUUACCUGUUGUUUUGCUGACUUGGUGAAUAGGGUUAAAUUGAAUCUAUUAUUUGUUAAGAAAUCCUUUGUUGUAAUGGAGAGUAUGUGGAUCUUUGAUAACCCUGUCAAUUUCAGGGAUAUCAUACAAGGUUGCCUUAGAAACAAUCAUUUAUCUCUAUUUGCCAAUUGAUUGUAAUUUGGAUAAUUGAACUAUUUUAAAUUCCUCUAGAAAAUUUUUUGUCUUUUUUUUUUUUUUUUUUAAUUCUCUAUUAUUGUUUGAUAAAUUCACUUAAAUCUUUUUUCAUACUAGAUAUUAUUUUUUAUUGUUUCAGUAAAAAUUUAAUUUCAUCUCCAAACACAGGAGAUACACUUUAUUUAAUUUUAUGUAUAUGUUGGAAUGAUGAAAACAUAUGUACAUAUAUAAACGUAAAAUUUGUUCUGGAAUGGUUCCAUGGUAAACUACAAUUCAAGGAACAUUCUAUAGUGUAUAGUAUCGAUAGGAUCAGACUGAGAAGUGCUGUGUGCCCUUUAAGCUAUUUGACAUCAUAGGACUAGUCUGAAUCCUGGUAAGUCGGACCAUGCUAUUCUUUGUACAUUUUGUUAAUACUGUAAUUUCAAUAUAUAUUUAGCUAUAUUAGUAAUAGGCUAUUUAUUUUGUAAAUUUACAUUUUGUGCACAAAAUACCUUGAUUAGUUAGUGUUGAGAUAAAUUAUGGGUUAACAAAAUAAAGUUCAUUAUCAAAUUUGAUGACUAUAAGCCUUGCUGAAAUGGCAUGGACAUGAAUGAACUUGACUUUGUUAAUUUUCUGCUUACGUAACCAUUUAUUCAAUCAUCUGUUUAUUUAAACUUAUUUAUAUGAAGUGGUUGAGAAAUAAGUUAUUCUAACCUUGAUCAAUCUCUGUCCACAAACAGCUUGUAUGGGGGUACAUUUGCUAAAUCACUACUGGAAACAAGUCACUAUUUUUGUCACUGUUAAAUUUCAUUUUGCUAUCCACCGGAGGUAAAAUGUUGAAAACAUUUUGAAAUGCGAGUAUGAAUUAUGUGCACUCUUUCAGCGAUUGGGUAUAGGAAUUCUGAUCAUACCAUUGCCUUAAAAUACUUAUGGGUCGUUUGUUCUUUUUUUUUUUUUUUUAAAUAAGAUUUUCAAAUUUUCUAUGGGCCAUUGGGAAGUGUAGGUGUAGCCAAUGGUUCCUGACGUCACUUCUGAUAUUGACCUGCUUCUGUCCUUCGAUUCCAUUAGACAGGAAGUUACAGCAUUACCAUGGAAACUGGUGUAAAUGCCUUCUCUUACUGUAUGGAAUUUAAUAUUUAUGAUGCUUUGAAAUUCUCUUUUUUUUUUUUUUUUUUUUUUAACUAUAAUGUUCAUUUUGAAACACUUUGUUAUGCCAUAAAGUUCAGUCUAUUUAAGGGAUAUAACAAGUUUCUGACGUUGCUAAUCCAGUUUCUGGGUACACGUAGAAAAUUGAAGUCUGAAGAGUCAGUUAGGACUCUAUACUGUGGUAAAUAUUUUCAAAAAAUUUACAUCAUGUUAACCUUCGUCACAAACCAUUGUCAUGCAAACAUUAAUACUUAAGCUGUCGAUGAAUAAUUAUCAUACUCAAUGCAAUACAUUUCCAUAUAAAUGUCCUCAAUGAGGUUGCUCUACAUUUGUUACCCAUAUCACUGGUAAAUUUGUACCUAACACUGAGUAUCAUUUGUACUAAGGGGAAGUCAAAAGUGCUUUUUUUCAUCUUUAGUCAAUAUUGUAAGUUAAACCACUUUUAUGAUCAAAUCAAUUUUGAAUUUCAUCAAACAUGUCGGUCAAUUUCAAGAAAUGGAUGCUUUUUAAAACCAUUCCAUUCUGAUGAGCCAUCUCCUGGCCAAUACUUACUGACAUUGUAAAUUUUGUUUUCUUUUAAAAGUCAUGUUACUGGUACACAGAAAUUCAUUUUCUGUUUUUUUUUUAACAUAGAUUGAGUUAUUUCCCACCUUGCCAAUAAACAAAGGAUUUAAAUUCAUAAUGUCCUACAGAUAUCAGUGGAUUUUCACCCCGCAAGUUGUUUGGACCUGGAGAAGGAACUGAGUUGUGUUUAACUAAUUCUUGCUUUUUGUGUUAUUUUAAGCAAUAAGUUAUUGUGACCAUACAUAUAUAUAUAUAACAUUCUUCACCUUUAGCCGUUUAAUUUAUAUUAAUGUUAUUUUAUGAAUUUUGCCAUGAUUUCUGUGUUGAACUUUAAAUUUGUGUAAAUACAAUGCAGACUGGUGAAGAUAUUUGUUUUUGACAAUGCAGAAUAGGAAAUAAAACGUUAUCUUUUCUACAGACAUAAA